CAAAAUAGCUAUUUUUGAAAUCCAUAUCAAACUUCCAUUAUUCCUCUUCUACUUAGGUAUCAUACGACUCUGUUCUAUUCUUACCAAUCCAAUGGAAGUCACCGGCGAACCCAUCCGGGUGCAAUCCCUACUUCAAUCGGGUAUAUCCCGGGUCCCACCUGAAUACAUCCAACCCCCUCAAAACCGACCCAUUCAAACCGAUCCCGAUGCCACCAUCCCCGUCGUCGACCUCUUCCAUUUCAACACCAACCACCGCGAGUCGACCCGGGAGGCAAUCGCACGAGCCUGCCAUGAAUGGGGCGCCUUCCACGUCACCAACCACGGUAUCCCGGCAACCCUCCUCGACACCGUGCGCCGCGCAGGCCUUGCCUUCUUCAACGAAUGUCCCAUGCCAGAGAAACUCCGAUAUUCCUGCACCGCCGGCGCUGCCGCGUCAGAGGGAUACGGAAGCCGUAUGCUGGUAAGCUCCGAGGAUGAAGGAAACAACACCGUCUCGCAGGUUCUCGAUUGGAGAGACUACUUCGAUCACCACACUUUUCCCCUUUCUCGACGGAACCCUAAUCGUUGGCCGAAUUUUACAUCCGAUUACAGAGAAUCAGUAGCGAAGUACAGUGAUGAGAUGAAGAUUCUGGCACAAAAGUUACUAGCUUUUAUAUCAGAGAGUCUUGGGUUGCGAUCCUCUUGCAUUGAAGAUGCUGUUGGGGAUUUUUAUCAGAACAUUACUAUUAGUUAUUACCCUCCAUGUCCUCAACCAGACCUAACACUUGGUUUGCAAUCACAUUCUGAUAUGGGUGCUAUUACCCUUUUGAUCCAAGAUGAUGUGGGUGGUCUUCAGGCUCUAAAAAAAGGUGGUGAGAGCUGGGUUACUGUGCAGCCAUUGUCAGGUGCUAUUCUUGUUCUUUUGGGUGACCAAACUGAGAUUAUAACAAAUGGAAAGUACAGGAGCUGUGUGCAUAGAGCAGUUACUAAUCCUGAUAGACCAAGGCUCUCUGUGGCAACAUUUCAUGACCCAGGCAAAACAGUCAAGAUCUCCCCUGCUUCUGAAUUAAUCACCGAUUCAUCACCAGCUAAAUACCGGGGUGUUGUUUAUGGAGACUAUGUAUCGUCAUGGUAUACCAAAGGCCCGGAUGGAAAACGAAAUAUUGACGCACUUCUUCUGGAAUCUUAAGUGUUUUCUUUUGGCCUCAUAGCUCAAUAUUGUUUAUAUAGCACAAACUUAUUUUAGUGUAGAAAAGUUCAUGUGUCAUUGGAGAGGCCAGAUAUUGACCCACCUUUUACAUGGAUCUAGGAAUGGAAUCCAAUUGAAACUGAGAAUAAAGAAAAUAUGUCAAUUUGAACAAUAUACCAUUUGCUCAUAAUCAAAAUACCAUAUAUUGAUUGAUUA